GCGCGAGCGGUCCUCUCCUCCCGCGCCCGCGCCCUCUUCAGCGCCCGCCUCCGCCUCCGCCCGAACUUACAUCUCUUGUGCAUCUAUAAAGCGGAGACCCUGCGCGCACUUGGACGCAGUUACGGCUUAACCACGUUAACCCUUAUACCGUAGACACCUCCGCAAACCGUGUGCCGUUCGUUGUUUACAAAAGUUCAGUGUCAUCAUGUCUAACCAAGAAUGGGGAUACACCGGUGAGAACGGCCCUUCUACGUGGGUUGAGAAAUUCCCAGAAGCAAGAGGUGCAAGACAGAGUCCUGUAGAUAUCAUAACGACUCAGGCGAGUAGCGGCGGGAGCGCACCACCACUAGCUUGGCAGUACUCUGUCAACCACCCCCGCUCCGUGGUCAACCCUGGAUACUGCUGGCGCGUAGACGAAAAUGGUUAUAACUCAGAACUACGAGGGGGUCCAUUGGGGUCAGAUGUAUAUAAACUGCAACAGUGGCAUUGUCAUUGGGGUGCUGUAAAUGGCGAGGGUUCAGAACACACGGUUGACGGUCGGUCUUUCUCCGGAGAACUUCACCUUGUACACUGGAAUACCAGCAAAUACCGAAGCUUCUCAGAAGCAGCUGGCCAACCGGAUGGACUAGCCGUACUUGGUGUAUUUUUGGUGGUUGGAUCGAAGCAUGAAGAGUUAGACAAGGUCGUACGGCUACUUCCGUUCAUCCAACAUAAGGGAGACAAAGUAACAAUGUCCGAACCUUUGGAUCCAGCUCACCUUCUACCAAACCAAAUUGCUUACUGGACAUACCCUGGAUCACUAACAACGCCGCCUUGCACGGAAUCGGUCACCUGGAUCCUUUUUAAACAACCCGUUGAAGUCUCUGCUGAACAGUUGGCGUUGAUGCGCAAGCUCAGAUGUGGCGAAGCGUCAUGCGGCGAGGAAGCUAUGGAGCUGCUCCACAAUUACCGCCCGACACUUCCGCUGGGCAACAGGGAAUUGCGCGAUUAUGGACUUAAUUAAAACAAAUGUUAAUAAACAGAAAGAUUUACGAUUCACUAAUUUUCAACACCGUUAAUCCGAUUCGGGAAACACAAUAACAAGAGUGAAUUUAACUUGAAAUCUCGAAUAGUUUUGGAUCUGUCGUAGAUUUUGUAAAUCAAUUAUGUAUUUUAAUAAUAAUCGCAGCUAUUAUUGAUAAAUACGGGUGAGACUAGUACGUCAUUAGAGGCCUUAUUAUUGUAAUGAGAAUGUGCCUUAAAUAAUAUUAUGAUUAAGUAACUAUACCUAUGUAUAGAUAUUUAGAUUUCCUAUUUAUUCAACAUUAAUUAAAUAUACAUAAUGUUUACCUAAAUAUUUGAUGUAUUUCAAUAUUUACCUUGUGUAUUAAUAUAACUUAAUUACUAAUAGACUAUAGUUACCACUAUAGUAAUAAAAUACUGAUUCGAUGUGAAUAAAAGCAUUUAAUUAUUCUCGAAUCAAUAUUAAUUUUCAUUGCCAGUUUUAUUGAAUAAUCCAAUGUGUGCAUUAUACCUAGAUAACGUCUUAUGAUUAAAUCAUUGGAAUUGUG